AAUGCGGGGUGCACCCAGACUCUCCCGGGCCAGCUACGCGCAGUGGGUUCCGGGUCCGGUGACUCGCGGGACAGCAUCGCCGAGUGCGCGGACGGAGGAUCUGCCCUGCUGGCCUUGAGAGAAGUUUCCACGGCAGUGGUGCCCAUGGCGGGCGAGGGACUCGGGCAACAGGGGGCGACGGCCACCGUGGCUCCCGAGACCCGCGAAUACCUCUUCAAGGUGCUGGUCAUCGGCGAGCUCGGCGUGGGCAAAACCAGCAUCAUCAAGCGCUAUGUGCACCAGCUCUUCUCCCAGCACUACCGCGCCACCAUCGGCGUGGACUUCGCCCUCAAAGUCCUCAACUGGGACAGCAGGACGCUAGUGCGCCUGCAGCUGUGGGACAUAGCGGGGCAGGAACGGUUUGGCAACAUGACCCGAGUAUACUACAAGGAAGCUCUUGGAGCGUUUGUAGUCUUUGAUCUAUCAAGAAGUUCCACAUUUGAGGCAGUCUUAAAAUGGAAAAGUGACCUGGAUAAUAAAGUUCAUCUUCCCAAUGGCAGCCCCAUUCCUGCUGUCCUCCUAGCAAACAAAUGUGACCAGAAGAAGGACAACAACCAGAGUCCUUCCCAGAUGGACCAGUUCUGUAAAGACCAUGGCUUCACUGGAUGGUUUGAAACCUCUGCCAAGGAUAAUAUAAACAUUGAUGAGGCCACCCGGUUCCUAGUGGAAAACAUGCUUGCAAACCAGCAACGCUUUCCUAGUGAAGAAACCGACAUGGACAAAAUUAAACUGGUUGAGAAGCCCCUCACUCCCAAACCCCGGUCCCAGUGCUGCUGAAGUGUCUCUGUACCCCCGUGCUGUCUGCUUGGUCGUGUGUGUGUGUGUGUGGGAUACUCACAGUGCCAUCAUCCCCUGUGAAUCUCUCUCAGGGGCGCUUUACCAUCCUCACUGCACAGGAACUGCUCUUCUGAAGCUAGAGAUCAGUGGAGAACUGUUCCCACUAGAGGCCCCGGUACUCUGCUGGAUGAUCCCUAGGCUCUUUUUGUUCUGCCAAAUUCAGACUAAUGUUUACAUCCUUUGAAACAUUUUUGUACAUGAAUUUCAAGUGUUAGCUUUCAGUGUAAGUACUGGAGUAGUAGUAAAACUUCCUCAUGGGGUUUCUGACAUUUUGAGUGUCUUUGUUCCUGUAUUCAUAUUCAUCCUCACCUAACCACUGUUUUUUUUUUUUUUUCUUUUUCUUUUUGAAGCUGUUGGUUACAAAGACUUGAAAGUCUCAUGUAGUUACUUCCUAGUAAAACUCUGUACUUCAUGUAAAAUUUUUAUCCUUAAAACCAUGAUUCUAGAAUGCAUAGUUAGUGUAUAACAAAGUCACUCUGAAGCAACUUAAGAUUCCCUUCCUUAAUUAGUCAAAAAGUUGUGAGUUGGGAUAUGGGUCAAUUAUAGAGUGCUUACACAGAAUGUGAUAAUCCCUGGUUUUUCAGAACUGAGAGUCAAAAAACAAAACAAAACAAACUAAAACCAAAACAAAAACAAAAACAAAAAACACUGCUUGCACUAUACCUGUAUUAUGGGUGUUUCCUUCUUUAGAUGUAGUUUGCCACCACCCCUUGGGAACUAUAUAAAUGAACUUUCCUUCUCUGCCCUCUGUCCUUUAGUCAGUGUUUAUAGCUGAGAGCCAUACUGAAGACACAGUGGUACUAAGAGGAACUUGUCUUCUAGAUUUUUCAUGGUAUUGGUCAUGAAAGAGUUUUUUCAAAGUGUCUGAAAUUAUAUUCAAGUUUCUCUAGUAUGAAACCUGAAAGAAAAUAGACUAUGUAUAGUUUUGUCUGUGGUUUUGGACACUGGUUGUAUAAUGCCUAGGACACUUUGGGAAGAUCCACAAUAUUUGUUUUGCAUCUAAGUCCAGUGAGAGAAAAGAAUAAAUAUUUUAACCUAAGCCUGUGUGUUGAAUAAAUGUAGUUCUAAGAAGGUAAUUUUUUGGUUUUGAAAAUGUUGUUUUUCACUAGGGUGUUGGCUUACAUCUGUAAUCCCAGCAUUCAGGAGCCAGAGGAUAGGAGUUCAAGGUAUAUUCUGGCUAUAUAGCAACCUCAAGGACAGCCUGUGCUACUCAAAAGCCAUUCUCUAAACAAAACAAAGCAAAACAAUUUAAAAAUAUUUUCUGUUGGAUUGUUUUAGAUCUAGUUACUUCAUGUGUGUGCUUUGUCUGCAUUUGUUCCUAUGUGCCUUAUGUAUACCCAGUGCCUGUGGAGGUCAGAAGAAGGCAAUGGAUUCCCUAGGUUUAGAGUUACGGAUGGCUAUGACUCACCAUAUAGAUGAUGGGAGCCAAACCCACACCCUCUGCAAGAGCAGCAAGUGUUUUUAAUCACUGAACCAUCUCUCUGGCACUUUGAUUUUUAUUUUUAAGGGACAUAUCACGAUAUUCAAAAGUUCAGCUUCUUUAGAGAAUUUUAAAGACCUUUUGUAUAGUGGCCUACAAUUAAUACAAAAUGAAAUAGUGGACAUAUUUGUCUCGUGAAUUAUGUGAACCUGACAGGUGAACAUGCAGCCAUUAAUAACAAGAGAAACAUAGAAAGGCAAUUGUUUUAGCAUCUGUCUCCUGGGAAUACAGGAGUCACAGGCUCUUUUUUUCAGUAGACUUAAGCCUUGUCUAGAAAUUGUAAGUGUGGGAUAUAUGCUAUAUAUUAAGUAAAGAAAUAAUUUUAACCCUUUGGCCAUGUGUCCAUAAAACCAGGUUUUCUGAAGUGGAGGAAUACUAGGGCUUGAUUAACGCAUACAAUUUAAUAUAGUCCCUAUGAUUUUGACAUUAAAUCUUGAUUUCUAGGGAAUUCAUACCACCCAAGUGUAAAAUAUAACUUUAUAAUAUUUCUGAUACUCACAUCUUGUGACGAAGGUAUGCAGUGUUGUUAUCAACCCCGAAUGUUGGACACUUCGAGCUUUUCCUAAAUAACUACAAAAAUUGGCUGCAGUCAUUUGGAAGCUUGGAUGUGCAACUCCAUUUUAAUUUUAACAAGUAAUCUAACACACUUAAGUUAAUUUGUCUAUAAAUGACAACUGUUAUACUCAAUUUGUUCAUCUUUACAGUGUUUGUUAACUUACAGCAAUCAUUCAGGACAGUUCCUGACAAAACUCAUUUCUGUUUUUCAAAAUGACAUGGUUUAUGCUUUGUACUAUUGACAUUUCAGAGAAAGAAAUGUUAAUCUUUUGCCUUACUCUAAAUGAAAGAAAAGCACUCUUUAUUCCUGCAUUCACUUUCUAAAGCAGUUAUACAUUUAAGCACACUCUAGCUCAGACAGUGGAGUAAAAUAACUAGUUAAGGGCUGGAGAGAUGGCUCAGUGGUUAAGCGCACUGUCUGUUCUUCCAGAGGUCCUGAGUUCAGUUCCCAGCAACCACAUGGUGGCUCAUAACCAUCUGUAAUUAGAUCUGGUGCCCUCUUCUGGUCUGUUGGCACAUAUGCAGGCAGAACACUAUAAAUAAUAAAUAAAUAAGUCUAAAAAAAUAACUAGUUAAAUUAUGUAUCUUUUUUUUCCCCAUUGGUCUUGUUUGGUAUGUGUGGAUCCUUAAACCCCACAAUGUUUCAAAAAGUGGUUGCUGUGUAACACUGUGAUUUUCCAAUGUGUAGUUUCAUUUCUUUCAGUAUGUCUAUGAAGCACUUGAAUUCCUUAAUGAAAUUUCCCAAGCCUCACUUCAGACUUGUAUGUUUUCUUGGAAAUACAUUUUUAUGGAAAUCCAAUAUCCAUUUUGAAACCUCCCAUGCUUAUUAGUUUAUAAAAAUUAUUCUGUUUGAAACCUAUAGUAUGCUCAAAACACUAUUAAAGUACAGUGCUAUAUAUCUGUGUUAAAAUUA